UGAGAGGACCCCGCAUGCGCAGUGCCGCCGCUUCCCCCUGCAGCUGCCCGGGCGCUUCUUCCGGCCUCCCCAAUCCCUGUUGAGGCUCCAGCGCCGAGAGUUCCCCUCGGCUCCUUAAAGGCCCAGCGGGGCUGACCCUUGACCCCGGAAGUGAACGAGUCCCGGACCCGUUUGACGCCUGGGUCGCCCAGGGGAGGGAAGGGUGGUUCGAGGAUCCAUGCUGCGCCCCCCAAUUUCCCCAGGGGACCCCCGGGAAUUGGAAGCCGGCUCUCCCCCCUGGCCCUUAGCACCCCCAAUCCUGGCAGAGGCUCCCAUGGCCCAGGCCUGGAGGGGCCUCCCCUUGUAGGCAGUGUUGGGGGGCUGUGGUCACCCCUGCUGCCUGGGAUCCCCUUUUGGGGGGCGGCCUCCCCUCCCAGCCCUUGUCUGGCUACCCCUGGGUCCUUCUCGGAGCACCCCCAUGGCCUGAGCGGCGGGGCUGCGGAAGAGCCAGAAGGGGGUGUCUCAAAUUGUGAGGGGGCUUCCUUUCCACCUGCCAGCCCUGCAGGGUCGACCCAGGCCCCUGGAGAGCCGUUGGCAGCCCGGGAAGGGCUGGUGGGGGGGCUCCCCAGCCGGGGAGAGGCAGGUACUGGAUUCCCCAGCCCUUCCAGAUCAUGGGACUCAAGCUGCCUUAAUGAAGGCCCCUGGGAGCGCCAGCUGGCCAGUGGUGUUCCCUCGGGAGGAGGAGGAGGAAGAGGAGGAGGAAGAGGGCGAAGAAGAAGGAGGAGAAGAGGCAGCCCCACCGUGGAUAUGGGGUCGCAGGUCCUGCAGAUCUUACGCCAGGGCGUCUGGGCUUCGCUGACCGGCGGCUGGUUCUUCGACCCGCAUCAGAGCACUUUCUCCAACUGCUUUCACCUCUAUACUUGGAUCUUUCUGCUCGUCCUCCCUUUCCUGCUCUACAUGGUGAUGCCUCCCAGCCUCAUGGUCGCCGGGAUCUACUGCACGGCGGUGGCCGUCUUCUUCACGACGGUUAAAACCGUCAACUACCGUCUGCACACCAUGUUCGACCAGGGGGAGAUCGUGGAGAAAAAUUCGGUUCUGGUGGAAUCCGGUAAGCUCGACGAGAGGGCGGCUGCUGACGAUGACAAUUUGACCAGGGACCCAGGAGGCGUUGAGAUGACCGUGUUCCGUAAAGUGAGUUCCACCCCGCCGGUGAGAUGCAGUUCGCAGCAUUCUGUCUUCGGCUUCAACCAAGUCAUGGAUCUGCUGCCCCACUUGGAAGACGGAGGCCCUGUCCGAGAUAUCAAGGAGCUCGUCCGAGAACAGGGAAGCAACAACGUCAUCGUGACAGCCGCCGACCGAGAGAUGCUUCAGUGCUGCUCCCCGGAGAGUCACGCCGAGCCUCCAGCGCCCUCUGCAGACUCGGAAGCCCCCAAGCCCACCCUGAUUUCGAUUCCCAAAGGAGACCCCUCCUCCAGCCUCCGGAAGCAGCCCCCAUCUCUACCUCUUCAGACCUCUGUCCAGAGCACCGAUUCCUCCGAGCAAUCCCCCCCAGGCAGAGACGGGGCUCAGGCCCCACGUUGGACGCCCAGCGAGUCGGAGAGCGUGGGGGACACCCCUCUCAGCCCGCUCCUCAAGGGCAGCUUAAGCGAGGAGCUCGGCCACAGCUUUCUCAGCCUGGCCCUGCCGGAGUCCAGCAGCCACAGCCGGCGGGAGAAGCACCACUCCGCAGGCGCGUACCAACCUCUGGAGCCCCGGCCCGACGGGCCCCACAAGGCCGGCUCGUCCGACAGCUGCUUCAGCGGCACCGAUAAGGAGACCCCCAGCACCUUGAGUAGCUACCGCAGCGAGAAAACCAACUCCACCCACUUGGACAGCCCCUCCUUGGGGCAAGGUCACGAGGAGGGGGUCCCGGGCGAGGAAGCCGGGCCUUCUUCGCCUCCCCUGGCCGACGGCGGCAGCGACACAGACGCCCUGUCCGACAGCGAGCUGAUUCGUUCGCCCGAGCUGGCUUUCCUGGGGGAGUUGAGCUUCGACACCCAGAAUACCUUCAACUCCCUGGAGACGGUCAAAGGGGACGCCGAGGUGUGGGGCACCGCCAAGCCGGAGCAAGUCGUCCGGCCGAAGGAUUUGGGGCUGAAGAGCCGACCUCGCCUCUCUCGGAAACACGGCAGCACUUACCUGCCCAUGCUCACCUUGCUGGAUAGCAAGGCCUACAACGAAGGGUUCUUCGCCGACGAGGACUCCAGCGACUGCAGCGACCUUAGCCGGGCCUCGAGUUUGCACUCGCAACACAACUACAGCUCGGACACCUCUUCCAGCACCUCCUGUUACUCUCCUGAGCGCCACGCCCCGGCCCAGCACAGCCGGCAUAGCCUCCCCGUGGCCGAGACCAAGCCCCCUCCUCCCCCUCCGCCGGACAGCUCCACGCUGCCCCCCAAGCCCUGCCAUUACGCCCAGCGCACCGGGAGCACCACCAGCGCCAAGACCCACGCCCGGGUGCUCAGCAUGGAUGGCAGCAGCCAGCUGGCCGAAGGGAAGCCGCCGGGCGCUCUGACCGUCUCCAAGUCGGACCUGGAGUCUCACGCGGGGAAGCUGGCCGGGGAGCUGGAGAUGGGCAGUGCCGUGCGCAGCCAGUCGGCUAACCAGCCCGGCUGGCGGGGAGAGUUGCAAGCCGAGGGAGCUAUCGGAGGAGCUGCCCCCGGGGAGGAGCUAACCAAGACAGACCAAUCCAGCAACAUCAAGCGGGUGCAGGCGAUGCGACGGAGGCACAACGCAGGCAGCAAUCCCACCCCGCCAUCCUCCGUGAUGGGAUCUCCCCCGAGUUUGCAGGACCUCCAGCGAGGCCGAGCCUCUUCUCACUCCCGGGCGCUGACCCUGCCCUCCGCCCUUCAGUUUGCCAGCUCGCUCCUGCUGCCCCGCGGCGCCAUCCAUGAAGCCUGCAACUUUGACGACACUUCAGAAGGGGCGGUCCACUACUUCUAUGAUGAGAGCGGCGUCAGGCGCUCUUACACUUUCGGUUUUGCCGGGGGCGGCUACGAGAACCCAGUGGGCCAGCAAGUGGGCAUGGAACACGCCACCAACAGCGGCUGGGACAGGCACUCGCAUUCCUCCAGUUUUAACUCCGCGGAAGUUCCCGAGGGGACCCCCGCCCUCUCCCUGCUGCAGCCGCGGCCCGUGGUCCUCCAGGGAAUGCAGGUGCGCCGGGUGCCGCUGGAGAUCCCAGAGUUUGAUCUUCUGGACCAAGAAUCCCUUCACGAGUCCCAGGAAAACACCCUCAUGAUCGAGGACAAGUGUCACCCUCGACAAUACUACAAGUUUUGGCUCCUGCCCGGCCACUGGAUGCGAGUCCGCUAUGACCGUUUGGCGCUGCUGGCUCUGUUGGAUCGGAAUCGUCAAGUCGCCGAGAACAUGUUUGUGGUCUUCUUGGUGACCCUGGUGGCCUUCCUAGGCUACCUCCUUCUCCUCCAGGGCUUCUUCCAAGACAUCUGGGUCUUCCAGUUCUGUGUGGUCAUCGCCAGCUGUCAGUACUCUUUGCUCAAGAGCGUACAGCCAGAUGCGGCCUCCCCAAUGCAUGGACACAACUGGAUCAUUGCCUACAGCCGGCCAGUUUACUUCUGCGUGGCUUGCCUCUUGAUUUGGCUGCUGGACCUGUGUGCUCGGAUCGGGCCCUUCCCUCCCAUCGUCCUCUACGACGUCACCCUCUUCUCCACUGACUUCUUCUACUGCACCCGGGAUGUGGCUAUCGUGUUCACUCUUUGCUUCCCCGCCAUCUUCCUCUUCGGGCUUCUCCCGCAAGUCAACACUUGCUUCAUGUACCUUCUGGAACAGGUCGAGAUGAACAUCUUCGGCGGGACAGCUGCCACCAGCCCACUCACCGCCUUGUUCGCCCUGCUCCGCAGCAUCCUCGUAGCUGCCCUCCUCUACGGGUUCUGUUUCGGAGCCAUUAAGGUGCCAUGGGGUGACCAGCAUGUGCCCGUGCUCUUUUCGGUCUUUUGUGGCAUCCUGGUGUCCCUGUCCUACCACCUGAGCCGUCAGAGCAGCGACCCUACCAUCCUCUGGUCUCUGAUCCGCACCAAGCUUUUCCCCGAGUUCGAAAACCGCAACAUGGAAGAUCCCCCAGUCGGCGUGAAGGAUCCCCUCCCGGAGAAACUGCGCAGUUCCCUGCGCGAGAUCCUUCACUCCGACCUCGUCAUGUGCUUCAUCAUCGCCGUGCUGACCUUCGCCAUCAGCGCCAGUACCGUCUUCAUCGCUCUCGAGUCUGUUCUAGGCUACGUACUCUAUGCCCUGGCAGGAUUGGUGGGUUUUGUCACCCACUACCUCCUGCCACAACUCCGGAAGCAGCUGCCCUGGUUUUGCCUGUCCCAGCCCGUCCUGAAACCGCGAGAAUACAGCCAGUUCGAAGUCCGCAGUGCGGCGGAGUUGAUGUGGUUUGAGAAGCUGUACGCCUGGCUGCAGUGCGUCGAGAAGUAUGUCAUCUACCCAGCUGUGGUGCUGAACGCCUUGACCAUUGAUGCUCAUUGGGUCAGCAGCCCUCGGCAGGAGAAGCUCUGCAUUCCGUGCCGAGCUCUCCUCCUCACCGUGGCUGGCAUGAAACUUCUGCGGAGUUCCUUCUGCUGCCCCCCGCAGCAGUACGUCACCCUGGGCUUCACUGUGCUCUUCUUCCAGUUCGACUACAAACAAUAUUCGGAGGGUUUUCUCACCGACUACUUCAUCAUGUCUAUUCUCUUUAGCAAGCUGUGGGACCUCUUGUACAAGCUCCGUUUUGUCCUCACGUACAUCGCGCCCUGGCAGAUCACCUGGGGCUCAGCCUUCCAUGCCUUCGCCCAGCCCUUCGCCGUGCCACAUUCAGCCAUGCUCUUCCUCCAGGCUGUUCUCUCCGCGCUGUUCUCCACGCCCCUCAACCCGUUGCUGGGCAGCGCCGUGUUCAUCAUGUCUUAUGCUCGCCCCGUCAAAUUUUGGGAGCGCGAUUACAACACCAAGAGAGUGGAUCAUUCAAACACCCGACUGGCCACACAGCUUGAUCGCAACCCUGGUGCUGACGAUAACAACCUGAACUCCAUCUUUUACGAGCAUCUGACCCGCUCGUUGCAACACACCCUCUGCGGGGACCUGGUGUUGGGACGCUGGGGCAACUACACCACGGGGGACUGUUUCAUCCUGGCCUCAGAUUACCUGAACAGCCUCGUUCACCUGAUCGAGAUCGGCAACGGCCUGGUCACCUUUCAGCUGCGAGGCCUCGAAUUCCGCGGAACGUACUGCCAGCAGCGGGAGGUAGAAGCCAUCACGGAAGGCGUGGAAGAGGACGAAGCCUGUUGCUGCUGCGAACCGGGUCACCUGCCCCGCAUGCUGAGCUUCAACGCGGCCUUCGGGCAGCGCUGGCUGGCUUGGGAAGUGGCGGCCACCAAGUACGUCUUGGAGGGCUACAGCAUCAGCGACAACAACGCAGCCUCCAUGCUGCAGGUGUUCGACCUGCGGAAGAUCCUCAUCACGUACUACGUGAAGAGCAUCAUCUACUACGUGACCUGCUCCCCGAAGCUGGAGGAGUGGAUGGGGAACGAAGGCAUCCAGGAAGCCCUCCGGCCUUGCACCGCCCUCAACUACGCCGACAGCGACCCCACCUUCAACCUGAACAUUGACGAAGACUACGACCACCGCAUGGCGGGAAUCUCCCUGGCUUCUUUCUGCAACAUCUACCUCGACUGGAUUCAGUACUGCUCCGGGCGCAGGGAGAAGGCCGUGGACCGGGAGUGGAAUUCCCGCCUGGUCACCCUGUGCUUCGGACUUUGCAUCCUGGGCCGCCGAGCCCUCGGAACGGCCUCCCACAGCAUGUCAGCCAGCCUGGAGCCUUUCCUUUACGGUUUGCAUGCCCUGUUCAAGGGCGACUUCCGCAUCACGUCGCCCCGGGAUGAAUGGGUCUUUGCCGAUAUGGAUCUUUUGCACCAGGUGGUGGCGCCUGGCGUGCGCAUGUCUCUGAAGCUGCACCAGGACCACUUCACCUCCCCGGAUGAAUACGACGACCUGGCGGUGUUGUAUGACGCCAUCAAGUCCAACAAGGAGAAAAUGGUGAUUUCCCACGAGGGGGAUCCCGCCUGGCGCAGCGCCAUCCUCACCAACACGCCCGCCCUGCUGGCCCUUCGCCACGUGAUGGACGACGCCAGUGACGAAUACAAGAUCAUCAUGCUCAACAAGAGAUACCUGGGCUUUCGAGUCAUCAAGGUGAACAGGGAAUGCGUGCGGGGCUUAUGGGCCGGACAGCAGCAGGAGCUGGUCUUCCUCCGGAAUCGGAACCCGGAACGCGGCAGCAUCCAGAACGCCAAGCAGGCGCUGCGCAACAUGAUCAACUCCUCCUGCGACCAGCCCAUCGGUUACCCCAUCUACGUUUCCCCGCUGACCACGUCUUACGCCGGCAGCCACCCGCAGCUGCGCUCGCUCUGGGGCGGCCCCGUUAGCUUGCACAACAUCUCCGCCUGGUUCAUUCGGAGCUGGGAGAGGUUGCAAAAAGGCUGCGGAGCCGGCUGCAACAGCGGAGGCAACAUCGAAGAUUCAGACUGUGGUGGGGGCUCGUCUCUCAGCAAUAACCCCCCCGGGCACAGCGCACAGGUCCCCGGGAGCACGGCUCACAACGCCGGGCCGGCGGCUGUGAACCCCACCGAGCCGGGGACCACGGGUGCCCAAUCUCAGGCAGAAUCCGAUCCCAGCCUUCCUCCUCCGAGCCAGAGCUGGCUGGUCCAGCCCCAGCUAAGCCAGACCGACGGGCGACCCCCGCCGACCCCCGCUGCCUCGUGGCCUCCGGGCCCCCAUUUCCUGGGAAGCCAGCUUUCCUGCGCCAGCUCCUUGGCUUCCGUGGCUGAGGGCGCCGGACGUACCCCUCUGCCCCUCCACCCCAGCCUCGGGACUCUCUCCCCUUUUGUCUACGAGGGUCUCUGCAGCAAGUGGAGCUUGCCCACCCGCAAAGGACUGAACGGGUUAGGGGGCAGCGAGAACGAAUUCCCGCCCGGAACUCCGCCCCCCCACACAAAGGACAGCUCUUCUAUAGCGACUAAUGCUGUUGCCGCCUUGGGGACACUUACCAUUGGAGGGAGCCCUAAAUCUCAGGCUCCCGCUCCAGGACCAGUCCCCGAGGCUGCCACCAGCACCCCUAGCCCACAGCUGCCUCUGGAACCCCCCUCCGCCGCCCCUCAAGAAGACUCUAUGCUCCCCGAGCCCGACCCUCUGGUGGCGGAAUGGGGCCGGCAACGAGAAGAUGAAGACAGUCCCGCGGCCGGCCAGCCCCUCCUGGAUCAUCAAUAUUGAAUUAGAAGUGGGGGGGGGGGGGGCGCACACUCUUGACGUCCUAUAGAACUACGGGCUGGUCCCGUUUGACUCUUCCUGGCUUCCCCACCUGGUCACUCGUCACUCCCGGCUCUUCUGUUCAUUCACACAACUCAACUUGACCCAAUGUUUUUGUCUGCUAGACCAAGGACAAGCAAUAUAGGCUGUUUUAGCCUUGCCUGCAAUUUCUUCCAUUUGCACUUCCUUUCUUCCACCAUCUCCCCCAAAUCUCUUCCACUGGCCUGCAGGGGCAGGCUUCCUCCCUCCCCCUCCCCAAAUCACAAGGACCCGCCUUGCUCACGCACUCUGUCCUUCACUGGGCGAUGCUCAAGGCCGCCCCCGCCCCUCAUUCCCCCUCCCUCUCCCCUGCUCUUUGUCGUCCCUCGGGGUUAAUAAUAACGAUAAUAAUUCUUUUC